CAAACAGCCAAGAUAAAACCCUGAGGACAUGAGCAGAGCACUGGUCAUAAUGACUGCUCGGAUCCUUUCGCUGGCAGUAAUAUGUGUCUUGAGUAUUUGGACUUUAGAAUACACUGCAGGCUGUGUUGAUGGACAGGAUGAGGUAGAUGGACAAUGCUGUGACCUGUGUUCCCCAGGUACAUAUUUAAAGGAUUACUGCACAGCGCACCAACAAACUGUCUGUAGCCCUUGUGAGGAGGGUUACUUCUCGGACCGACGGAGCAUGUUUGACAGAUGUGAGAAAUGCCGGUCAUGCCAACAAGAAUAUACGGUGAAAUGUACACUGACCACAAAUGCAAACUGUUCAUGCCGCUCUGGUUUCCUGUGCUCCAACAAUGAGUGUUCAGAGUGUGAGGAAAACAAAUGUGUCACUGGGGAGAAACUGAAGAGGACAGCCAGGGCGUUGGGUGACGGGUUGUUAAAGUAUUCAUAUCAGUGUGAGCGUUUAUGCCCUCAUAACGCAUAUUUUGAUGAGAAAGAGGACAUCUGCAAGAUGCACACAGAUGGUAUAGGCUCCAUUAAUUUGUUCCUUGGCAUCGGCUUUGUUUUAAGUUCUCUCAUCCUCCUCGUGUUUCUGUCUUAUGCCUGCACAAAGAACCUAAGGAAGCACAAAGCACAUAAUAUUCCUACUGAAAUAUUAGCAGUGUCCACCAACGCCAGUGACUUUCACCUGUCGAAGGAGGAGAGUGGGCACAAGCUCAUCAUGCAGGAUGGAUCUGAGAACAGCAACAGUGUUGACCUCCUGCAUCUGGAAAAAGUCUCCACUUGAUGAUAACAAGUCUAUAAUGACAUAAACAGUCUGUUCACGUUAGAGAUGUUUUUAAAUAGAACUUGAAAGCUAUCUAUCUAUCUAAAGGUCCCUGAUUGGAUCUCCAGCAGGAAAGUGAAGACCAGCAUUUGUCUGAUGAACAGAUGAAAGCUAUAAUGAGAAAAGUUUGAAACCAUGGUCAAAUGGUCCUUUUAAUGUGUGUAUUUUUAGUAUGUGGAUUUCUUUUCUAAAAAACUCUGUAAAGUGUCUUUGAGUGUUGUAAAAUGUGCUAUAUAAAUACAAUGCAUUAUUAUUAUUAUUAUAACUGUUAUUUUAGAAGUACUAUGUUCAUGAGUCCUACAUUCAUUUUUUGCCAGAUUUGGUUAAAAAAAUGACUACUGUUUAAUAAUUUCUAGACACAUUUCUUGGAAAGUGACUAGCUGUCUUAUAUUCUAAUGUAAAUAUUAUGCAAAAUACUUGCAUUAAGCAAUGUAUUAUACAUGGUGUAUUAUACAGUUAAUUAACCUCCUAAUCUAUAAUUUUAAUAAAUAAUUCUAAAGCCA